CUCUCUCUCUCUCUCUCUCUCUCUCUAUAUAUAUAUAUAUAUAUACAUACUUCUCCAGUCCAAUUUAUAUCUCUUCAUAAGCAGUUGUGCGAACCCUAAAGUGUGACUUCUUUCCCUCUUUCAUAAAAAGGGUCUCAGUUUUUUUUCUUUUUUCUUUUUUCUCUUCAAGAUUUUGCCAUCAUCCUCAAAUCAAUCAAAACCAAUGGAGGAGAAGCAUAUCAAGAACAGCAACAUCAAAUAUAGUACAGAAGAUGGAUGUGGGGAUGUUGGUAUUCCAAUUCACAGCCAAGUGAUAAAGAUCAAGCAAGAAUUUGAGAUUAUCAAGCAUCCAUCGUUGAAACAGGCAGAGUUGAGACGCGUAAUAUGCAAGAUUAGCAGAGAAAGGUCGCGUUCGCCUCUUGGUUUAGCAGAGAGACCUAUCUUAUCUCAGUAGGUAACUGACAGAAAGUUAUCCAGUAGUACUGAAGAAUAUGAACAACAUCAUGAUGAGACUUUAUGCACAUAGGUUCUAGAAAUCUUUUUUUUCCGUUUCUUAGUUUCCCUUUUUUUUCUUCUUAUCUUGGCUCUAUCCCUGCCUACACUUUGCUCUGUUUUGUGGGGGUUUGCUGCAGCUGUAUAUAUAUAUCUUUAAUGAAGGCAGUGAUAGGAACUUAAAAAGCUA